CAGCGGGCGGGUGGAGCCCGACGGCCACCAUGCCCCCGCGGUGCCAGCGAGCCUCGCCUUCGACUCCGUGUCGGGCGUUUGAUCCGGGCAGCCCGCAGCGGCUGGGCGCGAGCAGCGCGGCGGGCGGGGGUCCUGGCGGCAAGGUGGCGUUUCCCGGCCGGGAAGAUGCCCGGGGUGCUCCCCAGCGAGAGCGGAGCGGCGUUGCGGGGCAGCCCGUCGAAGCGGAGCCGGCUGUCGCUGAAGCUGUUCCAGAAGAAGGAGGCCAAGCGGGCGCUGGACUUCGCCGAGCCGCAGGACGGCGGCGGGAGCAGCCCCGAGCCGCGGGGAGCCGACGUUGACCAGGUUGUUCCUGCAGCACAGCCUCCGUCGCUUGUCAGCUGUGAGAAGAAAGACAACAUGUUGCCUUUUGUGGGCCUGAAUAAUCUUGGUAACACUUGUUACCUGAACAGCAUCCUUCAGGUGUUAUAUUUUUGUCCUGGUUUUAAAACUGGAGUAAAGCAUUUAUAUAAUAUCAUUUCAAAGAAGAAAGAAUCUUUGAAAGAAGAAGGAGAGCAAAAAGCAGAAAAGGGAAAUUGUAAAGAAGAUCCCCUGGCAAGUUAUGAGCUGAUCUGCAGUCUGCACUCCCUGAUUCUUUCCAUUGAGCAGCUUCAAGCCAGCUUUCUCUUAAAUCCAGAGAAAUACACCGAUGAACUUGCUACUCAGCCACGAAGGCUACUCAAUACCCUGAGAGAGCUCAACCCUAUGUAUGAAGGCUACUUGCAGCACGAUGCCCAGGAGGUUCUGCAGUGUAUCCUAGGUAACAUCCAAGAAACGUGUCAGCUACUGAAGAAGGAAGAAUUGAACAAACUGCCUUUGGAAGAGCCUACAGCUAAACCGGAGGAAAAACUUGACGAAAAUAUCGAGAGCAGUGGAACCGGCAACUCUGCCGAGGAGGAGGACAGUGAGCCAAGUGGCCCUGUGGGAGAGGUGGCCGAAGAUAAGCUGCUGAAAGGAAAUGGGAAAAGAAAAAGUGAUGCCGAAGGUGGCAACGCAAAGAAAAAAUCUAAAGUAUCAAAAGAACAAAUUGCAGCAGAAGAAAAUCAGAGACAAACCAGGUCAAAGAGGAAAGCAACGGGAGAAAAGCUAGAAAAUCAAACUGAGGCCAUUGCCAAGUGCUCCACUGAAAACGAGAGUGCAAAGCCAACACAGAAGAAGUCACGACUUCGAUUAAACUGGUUAAAAUCUUCGUGCAAACAACCCAGUAUUCUGUCCAAAUUUUAUAGUCUGGGAAAGUUAACGACAAAUUUGGGAUCCAAAGACCCAGCGAAAGAAUACGAUGACUGUGAGCUUGAAGAGUCUUCUGUAAAGUGUGAAAAUGGUAAUAAUGUUAAAGAAGAAGGUCAUGAACCAGCAUUUCCUGUGGAAAGCCAUAAUGAGAAAGGAACUGAAAAAGAACCAAAAAAGGAAGGUACGGAGCUGGCUGUUUUUGAACUAGUGGAGAAAUUGUUCCAGGGCCAGUUAGUACUGAGAACAAGAUGCUUGGAGUGCGAGUGCUUCACUGAAAGAAGAGAAGACUUCCAGGACAUCAGCGUUCCAGUGCAAGAAGAUGAACUUUCUAAAACUGAAGAAAGUUCUGAAAUUUCUCCAGAGCCAAAAACAGAAAUGAAGACUCUUAAGUGGGCAAUUUCACAGUUUGCAUCCGUGGAAAGGAUUGUGGGAGAGGAUAAAUAUUUCUGCGAGAACUGUCAUCAUUACACAGAAGCAGAACGCAGUCUUUUAUUUGAUAAAAUGCCUGAAGUUAUAACAAUUCAUUUGAAGUGCUUUGCUGCUAGUGGCUUAGAGUUUGAUUGCUAUGGUGGACUGUCCAAGAUAAACACUCCUCUGCUGACGCCUCUCAAAUUGUCGCUAGAAGAAUGGAGCACGAAGCCAACUAAUGACACCUAUGGAUUAUUUGCCGUGGUAAUGCACAGUGGCAUUACAAUUAGCAGUGGACAUUACACAGCCUCUGUCAAAAUUACAGAUCUUAAUAGCCUAGAGAUAGACAAGGGAAACUUCAUCACUGACCAAAUGUACGAAAUGAUUAAGCCAGAACCACUGAACGAGGAGGAAGCGAGAACUGUCGCUGAAGACUACGAUGACGGUGAAGUCUCUUUUAGAGUCAAUGGGAAUGCACAGCCAGGGAAGGUUCUGAACAAAAAGAACAUGGAAGCUGUUGGACUUCUGGGGGGACAGAAGAGCAAGUCUGACUGUGACUUGUACAAUAACAAACCAGCUAACGCUGAGAAGUUUCUUAAUAUAGUUACUGAAAACAGAAACCCUGAGUCUAGCAAUACUAACGGAAGCGUGGAGUGCAGUACGGAACACAGCGAUCAGAAUGGUGUUGCUUCCAGUGGACUAGAAAACAAAGCUUUGUACGUAUUGCAGAGCCUGAAAGAGUAUGAAGGAAAGUGGCUGCUUUUUGAUGACUCUGAAGUGAAGGUCACAGAGGAAAAGGACUUUCUGAAUUCUCUUUCUCCGACAUCGUCAUCUACAUCAACUCCUUACUUACUGUUUUAUAAGAAAAUUGUAGAGUGAUACUGUAUUUUGACUGUAAAUAUUAAGGAUUUGCAUACACCUAUUGUCUGGUUUGCAUCAGGACUACCUGGAAGAAACAGAUGUUUGGUUUUUUGAAGCUACUAGAUCAUAAAUUUUCUGGUCUUUGCAUUCUGUGUAAGUGGCUCAACUUGAA